AUGGCUCAAUCUGAAGCCGUGCUGCUACAGCAGCUAUUCAAUUAUGCAAAUCAGACUUCAAACUCAGGUGUUACCGAAGAUACAUUAGGGUAUUUGAAUGCAGUAAAAGUUGCAAUUCGAGAUAAGAGAGAAAAUAAUAUUCACGAUUUUCUAAAAGUUUUGAAGGACUAUGAAGAUCAUUCUAUUGAUAUUAGAGCAAGAUGUGUUGCUGCCAGAUUGAAGGUCUUUCUCAGAGAUCAUCCCCAUUUGAUUUUGGAAUUCAACUCUUUCGUGCCGAAGAAGAAUCAAAUCACAGUUUCACCCGACGAUUCACGUGUAUCAGAUUUUGUCCAUGCAGUAAAAUUUACUAUUCAAACUAAUUUUCAUGAUUUUCUACGAGUUUUGAAGGAUUACCGUGAUCGAACAAUUGAUCUAAGUUCUCUUAUGUCAACAGUGAAGGGGCUGCUAAAAAAUUAUCCCGAUUUAAUUUUGGAAUUCAACUCUUUCAUGCUCAAGAAAAAUCAAAUCACAGUUUCAUCCGAGGAUUCACGUGCAUUAGAUUUUAUCCAGGCAGUAAAACUUACUAUUCCACAUAAUUUUCAUGAUUUUCGACAAGUUUUGAACGAUUACCGUGAUCAAACAAUUGAUCUAAGUUCUCUUACUUCAACAGUGAAGGGGCUGCUAAAAAAUUAUCCCGAUUUAAUUUCGGAAUUCAACUUCUUCCUUUCAUCUCAUAAUCCCAAAGGUAAUGGUCGUCAUGUUGAUCAACUUCCCUGGGAUGUGCUUGAUACCAUUUGCAAAACCCUAGAUUUUGAAGACCUCUUUUCGUUUUCGGGUGUUUGCAAGAAUUGGAGGACUUUUCAUAAAUCAAAUUUCGUGUCAUCCCAAGAACCAUUGCUUGUUCGAAUGAUGAGUACUACUUAUACUACUGGUAAUUGUCCUCACUCGUAUUCCUUUAUUAGCAUACCCAAUCAAAAAGUUUAUUAUUUGAAGACUAUGAGAAGCUUCCAGCCUCCCAACUAUGUUUUUGUUGGAGUUUCCAGCCAAUAUUUCAUCUUGGCCCAUAAAAAUAAAUCAUUUAUGCUAUUCAAUCCAUUUACAAGAAAAAAAAUGGUAAUCAAUGCCAACGAAUCUAUGUUCAAUAAUCUAUACAAAGUCUUGCUUGCUUUUGAGAAAUGGUCUGAGAAAUAUGUCUUGGUGGUUUUAUGCAAAGAGCCUAGCCGUUUGUGUAUCUAUCGAUCUCGAUCCAAUGGUUGGUUUACUUAUUCAGCAUUAAAACCAAAAGAGGUGGUAGUCGACUUUGUGGUUUUGAAUUAUAAAAUAUAUGUUGUCACUGACAAGGCCAGCAUAGGGGUACUAAACUUGAAUUCUGGAAAUAUUCAAUUUCUAAACCUCAAGAGUACUCCUCAUAUUGAUUCCUCGAAUUCCUUUAAAUUGGUUAAUUGUGAUGAGCAACUUUUACUGUUUCAUUCAAUAUCCUCCUAUUAUCGGAGGGAAGUUUACAAGAUAGACUUGUCAACCAUGAAUUAUGUUAAGAUGAAAACUUUGGGUGAUAUUGCAUUAUUUUAUGUUUCUUGGAGAAACUGUUGGGCAUUGAGCAACCCUAAGAGAAUGGGGUAUGAGAGCAACCAUGUGUAUGAAGUUAGUAGUCCAUCUCAAUGUAAUAAGUAUGAUUGGAAUGAUGGUUGUCCAUCAAAAAUAUACCCAUAUAUUCGUUAUCUUAAUUUCAAUCUCUUUGAUUGGUGUUUUAGACAUGUAAAAUAUGAAGUGGAUUAUUCUUUAGUUGAAUAA